ACCCACCCUCCGCUCGGAUCCAAGUUCUCAGAAUUGAAACGACAUCCCGGGACGAAUGGGAGAGUUCGGCUGAGCUACACACCGCAGAGCCGACGUUGGAGUUUAGCUACAAACCCUUCGGGCGCCUUCUUGUGCUCCCGCGUGAGUUGAGACGGCGGCAGGGCAGACUCAGCUAAAGGGCGGAGUCGCGAGGAGUUGCCAGUGGCAAGGGGAGGAGGCCUGAAUCUCCCCGCGAAGGCUCCAGUCCGGCUUUUGCCUCUGACUGCGGGCUCCCCCACCCCAACCCGCCUUCCCUCGCCCCGCCCCGCCCCGCCCCCCACCUUGGGGCAGGUGAGCGGCGGCCAAUGGGCGAGCGCGGGGCAGGUGCCCGCUAACUCGCGCCUCGCAGCGCUGGGCGGCCGGGGCCGGGCAGGGUAGUGCGGGAAGAUCGGGGUCUGGGGUCGGUGCCGGCGGGACUCCGAAAGGAGGGAGCCGGGCUCAGCCCUCAGGCCUUACUGGCAGCUCGCAGCCUCGCACGGAGCCCGCGCCUGUGCGGGCGCCUGGAGCUCCCCGCUCCGCCGCAGCAGCCGCCGCGCCUGGCUGUGCGCUGUGGCCGGACCCCGCGCUCGCUAGCUCACACACCCCUCGCCACUCCGCGCCUGGCUCGCCCGCGGGGGCCGAGCGCGAGCGGGCGGGCGGGCGGGGGAGGUGAGGGGUGCGGGCGGGUGUGCAUGUGCCUGGCUGGGUGCACACCCCGCACGCCGGCGGCGCCAGGACGCGGAGCGCUCCCCAGAACCCGGCUGCCUCGCACAGCUCCGGCGGCUGCGACCAUGUUCCAGCCCGCGACCAAGCGCGGCUUUACCAUAGAGUCCUUGGUGGCCAAGGACGGCGGCACCGGCGGGGGCACUGGCGGCGGGGGCGCGGGCUCCCAUCUCCUGGCGGCUGCCGCCUCCGAGGAACCGCUCCGACCCACGGCGCUCAACUACCCUCACCCCAGCGCGGCCGAGGCGGCCUUCGUGAGUGGCUUCCCCGCCGCAGCCGCCGCGGGCGCCGGCCGCUCGCUCUACGGUGGGCCAGAGCUCGUGUUCCCCGAGGCCAUGAACCACCCCGCGCUGACCGUGCACCCGGCGCACCAGCUGGGCGCCUCCCCGCUGCAGCCCCCGCACUCCUUCUUCGGCGCCCAACACCGGGACCCUCUCCAUUUCUAUCCCUGGGUCCUGCGGAACCGCUUCUUCGGCCACCGCUUCCAGGCAGCCAGCGACGUGCCCCAGGACGGGCUGCUUCUGCACGGCCCCUUCGCACGCAAGCCCAAGCGGAUCCGCACGGCCUUCUCGCCUUCGCAGCUGCUGCGGCUGGAGCGCGCCUUCGAAAAGAACCACUACGUAGUGGGCGCCGAGCGGAAGCAGCUGGCCGGCAGCCUCAGCCUCUCCGAGACGCAGGUGAAGGUGUGGUUCCAGAACCGGAGGACAAAGUACAAACGGCAGAAGCUGGAGGAGGAAGGGCCUGAGUCCGAGCAGAAGAAGAAGGGCUCCCAUCACAUCAACCGGUGGCGCAUCGCCACGAAGCAGGCCAAUGGGGAGGACAUCGAUGUCACCUCCAAUGACUAGGGUGGGCAACCACAGACCCACGAGGGCAGAGUGCUGCUGGCCAGGCCCCUGCAUGGGCCCAAGCUGGACUCUGGUCACUCCCUGGCCAGGCUUCGGGGAGGCCUGGAGUCACGGCCCCACAGGGCUCGAAGCCCGGGGCUGCCAUUGACAAGAGGGACAAGCAAUGGGCUGGCUGAAGCCUGGGACCACUUGGCCUUCUCCUCGGAGAGCCUGCCACCUGGGCGGGCCGCCUGCCACCGCAGCCUCCCAGCUGCUCUCCAUGUCUCUGAGUUCCCUUUUGUUUUGAUGCGUUUCUGUUUUAAUUUAUUUUCCAGGCACCACUGUAGUUUAGUGAUCCCCUGUGUCUCCCUUCCCUAUGGGAAUAAUAAAAGUCUCUCUCUUAAUGA